CCGUUGGUUUAUGCUGGUUAUAUUUUUAAAUGAAUUCUAUAUAUAAAUUUUGUUAACUCCAACGAGCGCUAUAAAAGGACCGAUGAAUUAUAUCAGUGGAAAAAGAAUCUGUGCAAAUUCACAAAACAACAGGUUCGCCAUUAAUUCUCACCCCAGCGCCAGUUCAAUUUCGCUCCAUAAUUCUUCAACAAUUAAUUGAGCACUCGACAAUAGCCUCUCGUGUAUCAACAAUAGCCACCGACAGUUGGAAAUUCUCCAGUAAUUCGUUAUCGCAAGUCCAUAAAACCACAGUCAAUGCAAUCGACUUUUCUGUCAAUGAUUUAAUUAAAACUUUCACUAGACGGGAUAUCGAAUUAUAAUUUACUGUACGUCGAUACUGAGACGUAUGUUCACGAUAAAAUGGAGCCCAGGCAUCUGCUUCUUGGUAACGGUGUUUCAUGAGUGGGUAAUACCCUCAGGGAAGAAGUUGAUACCAUGUAUCAAGUCUACGCAACUCUAUUGCCCCUCGUCGUGACAAUAUUUUCUGUCCUGUCACUGGAGGUCACAGAUGUGAGUGGACCAACGAGAGAGCAGGUUGCAGAGGCCCUCCAGACAGUUGGAAAAUUCCUAAAGGAUGACACCGGUAGCAGCUGGUUAGCAAGUGUGUCGCACAACGAGGACGAAGCGCUAACUACUGAAGAAUUAAUGCGGGAGAUAAUAAAUUCAACAGGAUCCAAUGGUGUUAGAGAAGCCGCUGGUAUUAUCACCGUUGCCCUUGAACUCCAGAAAUCCGCUGGAAAAGCUAAUGAAUCAUUGAUGAUUACGUCGGAGGGAUUAGAGAAAUUUAUUGAAACAAUCGCAGACAGAGACGAUGUGAUGUGCCUCUACCGAACGAAAUCUGAAGGGCCAGGGAUGAGGGCGGAUUGGGAAAAAACUGCGAAGACUGAUCUCUUGAAGGGGUAUGAUGGAUAUUUAGCCUUGGACACGGGUUUGCAAGAGGUUCUCUGUGUGAAAAGAAAAUCCUCAACCCAAGGGCCUGACCCAACUGUUAAUUCAACCCCGGAAACUUCGUCAAUACCCCCCGAGGAACUUCCCCAACCCAUAACUCCUGGAAAUGAAGGGGCCAAUGUUCCUAACGAAGUGGACGUAAAUAAUUCACCAGUUAAUGAGAGCGAAGAAACUGUUGGAAAGUCCUCCACCUCAGCCAAUUCAUCUGCAUCUGAUUUGGAAUCGAUGGAAGCCCUGCCUGCGCUCGAAGCCUCGAAUUCGGGGGAGGAAAUGCCGUUUGAGGUGAAAAUGCGAUCCAUGACUGGAGGAAGUCGUGGACCAGUGAACAAUAAAAUUAAGCAAGAGAAUCCCUGCUGUCCUCGCAAUGAUGACUUGAGGAAUUACGUGAAUAGCAGCCCUUCGAAGGACACCUCUAGCUCCAGAAAAUCAUUUGUUUUUGACGAUAAUCCGCCGCGCGAAUCCAGUAAUUACGCGCUCUACGUCUGUCCAUUUCAUGAAAUUUGUCGGAAGGUAAAAGCUCCUGAGAGGCAGUACAAAUUAAUGAAUAUUCCUUCGCAUUUGUCGGCGAAUAAUGAGUCACCAGAGAGAUUAUUAAAUCCACACGGACAACAUUCACUAUUUUCACGUAAUGGAAAUGGAUUUGUGAAGAAUUUACAUGAUAAUGCGAUUGUCAUGCGUCAAGGGUAUUCCAAGAACAUGAAUACGUAUAUCAUUCUACGAAAGAGAAAUAGUGAAGAGGAGAACGAGAAUUCGAAUCCAUUUGAUUCCGGGGAUCAUCAGAAUUUCCCCUUCACGCAGAUGCCUGUCAAACCUUCAUCAGAAUUUGUUGCCAGUCAGGUUCAUAGGGGAGGGUAUCCCUGGGUAUUUCUGGACCCAUACAGUGUCCUUGCCCGAAGUUACUCGGAGUUUGAUUCUCGCCGUAUCGGCACGUCAGGGAAUCGAGGAAAUGACAACUUUGGGGGCGGGGGAAAGAGGAAAAUGCCGAGUCUCAAGAUUUUCGUCAAUAGCCCGUCCAGGGAGCCCGUGAGACUGUCAAUUUGCACUCGUCUUGACGCGGAAAUCGAGGUUUACCAUAAUAAGGAGGAACUUGAGGGUCAUCAGAUGAGUCAGGUCAAAUUAAAAAAAUUCAACCCACAUGGCGACGACGGGGUAGAGGGACGAGGGGGUAAAUUGAGUGGAGAAAUUGAUAGACAGGAUUAUAAACACACUUUUGAUGCGCUGAUGGAUUUAUUAACUUCGCGUGAUUGAUGGUCAUGGGCGGGAUUUAUAGUAGUGAGGGUAUAGUUUUAUGGAUUACGGGAUUUAUCGUCGGAAACGCUGGGAAAAAUAUUAUUCUCCAGCAAACUGGCGCUCUCGUCGCUAGGUUCAUUUAUCCUAUUUUAUUCUAAUCUAUUUUCUUUUCAUUUUCGGAUUCAGAAGUGAAUUAAUUUUUUUUAUCAUUUAAUAAGUCAUAAAACCGAGCAAUUAAGCAGUGGUCUGGUAAAGAUCGAUAGAGCGUAUUUUUUUAGCGGAAGCUCCUGCGUACAACGGAAAAAGAAUUUUAAAAUCCUCAAAAUAUGAAUUUUAUGUUGAAAAAUAGGUCAACAAUGAAAAAAAAAAACAUGGAAUGUAACUCUAUUUGAAUCUAGUUUGGUGCGUCUCGUCAUGUAUACGUCGCCCCAGACAAGCCUUAGAUUGUUAUUAAUUAUGAAAAUAAAUCGGAACGCUCUUCUAUUCUCUUCAUUCUCUCCCUCGUAACUUCGUAAAGAGCGAAAAUCCGAGUGAUCUUUAUGUGACUAAGCGGAUCCUUCAGUACUAAUUAGAAAUGUUCAAACAGCUUCGAAAACUUUGUAGAGACAGAGUAGUUAAGCCAAUUGAAUAAGUUGAGAUAGAAGGAGCAGGAAUUUAUAAGAGUAGCUUUCACGCACUGAUGGUUUUCUCAACUGCAAAUGAUUAAAAUUAAUAUGUCAAAUUUAUAAUCUGUAGGUCCUCAUGAAUUAUAAGACGUUGCAUAGAGGAGUAUUUGUAUUAUCCCUUCGCCAACAUAAAUCCGAUGAACUACCCGUUCUCCAUAUGAGAAGUUUCGAGUUUGAAAAUUCCAUGCAGCCAAAUGAUAAUUAUUUUAGUAAUGAGAUCGCUCGGUACCAGUUAAAAACAUUCAAACAAGGUACCGAGAACUCACAAAUACCGGAAAUAUCUAGCUACACUAAUUAAAUUGAGAAAUUAAAAAAAAAACAGGAAGAAUUGUAUGAAUUCAUAAAUUUAUUAACUUUGGAUGAUUAAAUUGUUUCAUCAAAAUGCAUAGCCGUAUACUCUCGUAAAUUACCUAAUGUAUUACCAGAAAAUUAUGUAUCUUUAUUGUCCCCUUACAUAAUGAACUCAUUUUUACAUUUUGUGAAAAUAAAUCAGAAUAGAUCUGUA